AUGGUUGUUGUGACCGGCUUGUUGUUGCUUUUUGUCGUUGCUAAAGCUCAGACAAUAGAAGACAGUUGUCACUCGUUUGCUGGUGGACAGGUUUACCCACAGGAGACUAAACGUACCAGCGGGCAUUCAAUUCAGUGGAGCCAAGCAGUCAUUUCAAAGGCUGCCCCAGACUGGAAUGGAACUGCGGUGAUCAAUGGGGAGUUCAAGGAUAUCAAACUUUCUGACUUCAAGGGCAAAUACCUUGUGUUUUUCUUCUACCCUCUAGACUUCACAUUUGUAUGUCCCACUGAGAUCAUUGCAUUCAGUGACAGCAUGGCAGAUUUCCGUAAGAUCAACACCGAGGUAGUGGGCUGCUCCGUGGACUCACAGUUUACUCACCUGGCCUGGACAAAUGUGCCCAGAAACCAGGGAGGUUUAGGCAAGAUCAAUUUCCCUCUGCUUUCUGACAUCACCCAUGAAAUCUCCAAAGCCUACGGAGUCUACCUCCAAGAUCUGGGACACAGCUUGAGAGGCUUGUUCAUCAUUGACCCAAAAGGCAUCUUGCGACAGAUAACCAUGAAUGACCUGCCAGUUGGGCGGUCGGUUGAAGAAACAUUGAGACUAGUGCAGGCUUUCCAGUACACGGACAAGCAUGGGGAGGUGUGCCCUGCUGGCUGGAAGCCUGGCAGUGACACGAUUAUUCCAGACCCAAAGAAAUCUAAAGAAUAUUUCCAGAAGCACACGAAUUCAGACGAAUUGUGA